CGCUACCUGGUACCUAUAUACUUCUAUGCUCAUAACCCGGAGGUACGUCUUAACAUCUUAGCAAGUUCAAACCAGCAAAAUUCUAACAGUAACCAGGUCCCUGGAUCGAAACCAGGACAUGCUAUCCGCAAUCUUUUUUUCCACCCGGGUUGUGCGACCCAAGCGGGAAUAGAGUUUUUUUUUUACCGCUGCCGCGGUCAAAAACUUUAUUUCCCAUCACCAAUAUUAAGCCAAUCAGGACGGUUGACACGGUGUUGUUUUUCGAGGAAGGAGCGGCCAGUUGAAGCUCUGCUCGGCCUGAACGCAGUAGAGGAACCUGUCGAGCGUAUCAAUGCUCACCCUUCAGUCAACCCAAAUCGGUCUACUCCAGAAUGGAUUGACGUACCUCCGGUUUAUGAGCAGACGACUGAAGCAGCAGAACAGCUUUUUGUGUUGAUUUCUUAUGAUAUGUCUACUACAGUAUACCGGGUCUUCCCAGAGGAGCACCUAGGCUCCCGCCUAGAUGCCCUGGCUCGGGAAGACAGAGCCCUAGUGCAGACUUUGAGGCAGUCGCAUCACCCCUUCUAUCCUAACCAAACCACACUGGACGAACAGAGAGACGAGGAUUCACCUGUCCAGCCCCUUGGAAAGCAAUGUAACCUGAACCCUGAGUUUCUCACAACAUCUUUCUCUCGAAACACUAAAGAUCUCUCGACCUGGUAGCGCCGUUAAGCCCAGGGAAAGUACGCCCUUUCUUCAGGAGCGUCUGACCAGUACCGGACGGGGGCAACGACACAUGGCAGCCUAGCAGGUUCCGUAGGUUUUCGGCGAUAGCGCUUCAGGGACUAAAAUAACAGCUCGGUAAACAUCAGAUAAGGACGAAACUGGGAUCUGCAAAUCCUCAUUAGCUUCGGGCACCAUGCGAAUGUCAAAGCACUAGACCAAGCACGCCUUACCUCCACCACUUGACACGAUCCUUGGCCACAACUGUGCGUUUGCAUAACGAAGCUCCUGCCCACCCACUCCUGGCCUCCAAUGAGAGAUUUAAUGGAGACGAAAUGGUCGAAGCCACAAGCUGCCAGGAGGAAAUCUCUACGAGUGCUGAUACUGGUCUCACAUCGCCAUUGGGCUGCCCAGACGCACGCAAUAUGGCCAAGGAGUGGCAUCUUCGCGAGCUUUAGUCUGGUAUAAAGACGCUGGUUUAUGUACUUGAUGCGAGAAUCAUGAAUAGAUCCCCCUUGAAGCGCUGAACACCAUGUCCACCGUCCGUGAUGGCAAAAAAUGGUACCAGAUCAAGUGGUUCGCGGACCAGGAUACUCCCGAAGAGAGAAAACUCAUCCUGAAGCUCGAUGCAUUGAUCGUUCCCUACGCCUUUCUGGCGUACUGGGUCAAGUACGUUGACCAAGCCAACAUAAAUAAUGCAUAUGUUUCCGGUCUUCGGGAGGACCUGAAUCUUCAUGGAAAUGAACUUGUUCGACUACAAACCAUGUACACCGUGGGCGCCGUAGUAGGUCAGCUACCAUUUGCCUACCUGUUUACCAAAUUCCCCAUGUCAUGGGUUAUUCCUUUCCUGGAUAUCAUGUGGGGUGUCUUCACCUUGCUGCAAUAUCGAGUGACGUCUUUUGGCGAGCUUAUGGCUUACCGAUUCUUCGUGGGUUGGUUUGAGGCGGCCUUCUUCCCCGGCAUGCAUUACAUAUUUGGGGCCUGGUACCGAGGAGACGAGAUUGCGCGCCGAGGCGGUUGCUUCUAUGUUGGACUCACACUUGGCACUCUCACAGCGAGUCUAAUCCAAGCAGGCACGUCUGCAAGACUCGACGGAGUACAUGGCCUAGCAGGUUGGCGAUGGAUGUACAUCGUUUGCGCGGUCAUCACCAUUCCCAUUGGAAUUCUAGGAUACUUUAUUCUCCCAGGGACACCCGACAGACCGAACAAACUUGUCAUUAACGAUAAAGAUAUCGAGCUAUCCAAGGCCCGCCUUCAGCGGGCAGGCCAUACUUUCCAGGGCACAUGGACAAUGAGGUCACUGGUCAAUGUGCUCAAAAACUGGAAGUUCUGGGCGCUAUUGCUGCUAGAUAUCUUCUUCUGGAACGGCAGCAUCAACACGUCAACAGGCGGCUACCUACUCUGGUUGCGAAGCCUGAACCGUUAUUCAACAAGCCGGUUAAACGAGCUUGGUGCAAUCUCCCCGGCUCUGGGAAUCUUCUACACCCUCUUCAUCUGCUUCGCAUCCGACCUUGUCCUGGGACCAGCGUGGGCUAUCACUGUCGCCCACGUCUGGAAUAUUAUCGGCCUCACCAUCUUGGUGGUCUGGGAUGUGAAAGAAUCAGCAAUUUGGUUUGCUUUUAUCACGACCUACUCUGCAGUGUCCAUGUCAAGUGUACUAUAUGGAUGGGUGAACGAACAGCUCCGGUACUCACCGAUCGAGCGCUCCAUAACCUUGAUUAUCCUCAACACCGUUGCACAGUCGACAACGGCCUGGACUCCGCUGCUCGUGUUCAAAACGGUCGAAGGACCGCGAUUCACCAAGGGUUAUUCCUUCGUUCUAGGCAAUGCGAUAUGUCUCAUCGCCUUGGCUCAUGUCAUCAAAUACUUUAUUGCCCGCCAGGAGUAUGUAUACCCGAAAGCAUUCUUUUCAAAGCAAGAAAAAGAGACUAACUCGGUUACAGCAAGCGAGAAAAGGCAAGAAAUGCCGCAGAAGCAAGCGACUCAGAUGAGACGAGGGAUCCAGAAUCCAGUAGUGCAGUCGUGACAUCUGUUGAGCCGAGCAAGACUGAAUGAAUGACUGAUUCAGGCUGACGGACUUGGCUUUGUGUGUGGCUUGAUACGCAAUAAAAAGCUAAAAUGAACCAUUUUGGAGAAGAAAAAAAUGUCGGGUAUCGGCCGAGAUGUGUCCUCAAAAGGGACUGGAGAAUACGAAUAGAUUUUAUGGAGUUCUUUCUGGGUGACGAUGGAAAUGCCAUGACUGUGCGUGGGGUUUUCAUGAGAAACCGUGGCUUUAAGACACUGUGAUCUUACUUUAAAGGUCAGAUGAGAUCAUGCCUGGUUUGCCCUAGUAUCCUAGUGUCCUAACUAUCAAUAAUGAUUGAUAUUAAUGAGAAAGAGCCUUGGGAUUCCCACUUUA